UACGCGCAGUAGUUUUGCAUUCCGAGGCCAUAACCACAUCCGGGACUCAAAAUGUGACGACCAUGCCAACGAAAAAGUCAAUAAAGGGAACAAAGAAGAAGACCGCCGGCAAACGAAAGAAAAGCAGCACCAAGAAGGGAGGUGUGGAUGGGGAUGUCUUGUCUGCUGGCUCUGCUUCCUCUCUAGCAUCAGGUGAAGACAUCCACCAACAUUUCCUUGACAAAAUCAAUCGUUGGAUUUUUAAAUUUCGAAGUCGAGCCAUCGAUGUGUUUCGACAGUUCGACACAAAUGGAGACGGCGUUUUAUCACGCCAAGAAUUUCUCACGGGUCUUGAACAACUGAAAGCUCCACUGACGGACGAAGAAAUGACUUUACUUGUUGAUACAAUGGAUAAGGAUGGUGAUGGUGCUAUUGACUAUGCUGAGUUCCAGAGUGGUAUCAGUUAUAGGAAGGGAGAUGUGACUGAAGAGGAAGAUGAUAUGUAUCCACCGUUGGUUGUGGCUCAGAGUAUUGAGCGUUGCAGCACGUGCGGGUUAGGAAAAUGGAAAUCGAAGGUAGCACCAAUGCAAAGAUACGUUGAGGUGCAGAUGAAACUUGCUCCGUUUGCUGCCAAACCCCAUCCUCUUCACUUCACAACGACAGUCACUUCAUUGACGACCAUCUACGGUGUUUCUCGUGCCGUCAACGAGCAUUACGGUGGCGUCAUGAGGAACCUGGUUGUUUUCUACGAACCAUCGUGUAAGGACGACGUCUACCUCAGACCUUCUCUCACACUCGAGGACUGCGGCUUCGAUGGCGGACCACUGAAGAAACCGUCGAAAGGCACACUGUAUUACAACUACACGAGUGAGUUCAACGAAUGUCCUUUAUUAAUGAAUGACCGCUACUUUUGAAUGUAUUGUUGAACGUAAGAUCAACUGUUUUGAUAGAAAUGUAUAGAAAUGUGUAGAAAUGUGUUACAGCCUUUUACGUUUGUGUUACAUAGAUACGGGUGUGUAUAGCACUAGCUGAGAUUAUUUGCUAAUAUGUUUCUGUUGAA